ACAAGAAACCAACACACCUCGAUCUACACACACAAACACACCACACUGCAGCUCCUGACAUGGCGUUGAGCUCGGCUCUUCUGCAGUCUGUGUGGGAUUAUCUGGAUCUCCAGUCUCUCCUGAUCUUUAUCCUGGUCUUUCUGGUAUUUGGAGACUAUGUAAAGCACCGCAGACCCAGAGGUUUUCCACCAGCGCCCCCUGGUAUGCCUUUCUUCGGGAACAUUUUCUCAUUCAACUUCAAGAAAGCUCACCUCGACCUGACACAGCUUGCUAUGCAUUAUGGUGAUGUGUACAGUCUGCGUUUGGCCCAAAAAUGGACAGUGGUCUUAAAUGGCUAUAAAACAGUAAAAGAAGCUCUGGUCACUCAGGGAGAUAGCAUGGCUGACAGACCUGACUCUGUGAUCAAUGAGAAAAUCUGUCAUCAUCUUGGGCUCAUAACCUCUAAUGGCCCUCUAUGGAAGCAGCAAAGACGUUUUGCCUUGUCUACACUAAAAUACUUUGGAGUUGGGAAGAAAUCCCUGGAGUCAGCAAUCUUGGAUGAGUUCACCUACCUUUACAGAGACAUCAGUAAAAAAAACGGGAAGCCUUUUGAUCCUUAUCUGAUUACAAACUAUGGUGUAGCCAACAUUAUCUGCUCUCUGGUGUUCGGCCAUCGCUUCGAGUACACAGACCCCACAUUCAAACUGAUGAUGCAGAUUUUUUACGAAUCACUGGAGAUCGAGGCCUCCAUCUGGGCUCAGCUGUAUAAUUCCUUCCCCAUGGUGAUGGAGUUGGUGCCAGGUCCUCACAAGAAAAUACUGAAGGACUGGGAAACAGUGAAAGAAUUUGUGAGAAGGGAAAUCAAGCAGCACAAGGAAGACCGAGACCCCGAAACGCCAAGAGACUACAUCGACUGUUACCUGACUGAGAUUGAGAAGAAUAAUGCCGAUCCGUCAGGAGAAUUUAAAGAGGACAAUCUGGUGAUGUGCGCUCUUGAUCUUUUUGUAGCUGGAUCUGAAACCACCUCGACUACUCUGCGCUGGGCUUUUCUCUACAUGGCUAAAUAUCCUGAAGUGCAGGAAAAAGUUCAAGCUGAGAUCGAAAGGGUAAUUGGGCAGUCGAGGCAGCCGAGUGUCGAGGACAGAGUUGAAAUGCCCUACACUGAUGCAGUUCUGCAUGAGAUCCAGAGGAUUGGAAAUAUUGCUCCCCUGAGCCUACCCAGAAUCACCACCAGGACUGUGCAGAUAGGAAAAUACACUAUUCCUAAGGGCAUUGAGAUUAUUCCCAAUCUAACCUCAGUGAUGUUUGAUAAGAGUGAGUGGGAGACACCAAAUACCUUCAAUCCACAGCACUUCCUCGAUAAAGAUGGGAAGUUUGUGAAGAGGGCGGCAUUUAUUCCUUUCUCAGCAGGUAAACGAGUGUGUCUCGGCGAGAACCUUGCCCGGAUGGAGCUUUUCCUGUUCUUCACUUCCUUCCUGCAGCGAUUUAGCUUCUCCAUGCCUGCCGGGGUGAAAGUGAACAUGCAGUUCUGCCUGGGCAUCACGUUGAGCCCUGCAUCAUAUGAGAUCUGUGCCAUCCCAAGACACCCAGGUCAUGACUGAGGAAAGGUUAAAGUUUUGCAGUGCAUUUCAAUGGUGUGGAGGUCAGAUAUGAAUCCUAAAUUAAAGCUUGGAUUCCAGUGGGCUUUAGCUGAAGCCCCAGCAAAGCUGAUGCUCAUAUAAACAGUUUAAUCAUUUCACAUAUUCUACACAAUAAAUUUACUUAACUAACCAGUGGACAAAUACAAAGUAAGUUGUACUCUUUAUUCAGGCACUGAUAUAUGAAAAUAACAUCUUAAAAAAGUCAAUUAAAACUAGCUUUAGAACAACUCUGCGCUUGAUAGAAAAGUUGUUUUAUUUGUGCCAUGUAAAACAUACAUGCAAUUUCACAUGAUCAAACCUUUUGUCAUCUCUUUUGACAAAUGUCAGUUAUUUUUCAAGUACAUUUUUGUUUCUAAAAUACAUAAAAAACAUCUCAAUCAUUAUUAAUAUGCUCAGCUUUAGUAAACAAUUAAAAAGGAAGUAAUUUAUAUAGUCUUUAAAAAAAAAUGUAGGAGGUCUUUUCUCUCUGUAACAAAGGUUUGUAAGAGUCAGUAACCCCUCAGGAAAUACGAAAGAGACAGUGUACGAUUGUAAAACCCUGAGGACGAGACGUUACCUUGUUCUGAUCUGGAAUAAAGCGUUUACCUUACAAAAAA